AUGUCGAGUGGGUCGGAAGACAACUGGCAGCGCGUGGUGGCUCUGGGCCGGCUUGCUCGGAAUUAUUUGAGGCGAUAUCGGGAUGUGGCGCCGGUUGCAGGACUACUAUAUGCUUUGUGGCAACGCCGGAAGUGGCAGCACCAAGCUGAAUUAGCUGCAGCUGCUGUGCGGGAGGGCCGGUUCAUGGAGCAAUGCACCUUCCUUCUUGUGAACCUUGAUGGUUUAAAGAAGGGCGCCGAUUUCUCCAGCACGAUCUCCGUGCAGACGCUCUUCACCCGCACGUUGCGGUCUUUGAUGUUCGACAAUGAGAAAAUGGUGGAACUGGUGAGCCAGGCCGCCGAAAAGGCAUCGCCCAGUGCGCCACUGCUAGAACUGGGUGGGGAUGGCUGGUUGGUGAUGGCCAACAUCAAUGCUUGCUGCACCUAUGGGCACGUGGCCGCCGCUUGUGGGAACAGUGUGAACGUGGUGCAAUUCCUCUACGGUUUGGUCAACGACCGAACGACCACCAAUCGGCAACAGCUUCGGGUCUAUGUGAUUCGAGAAAAGGACAGGGACAUGCAGAACCUUCCCGAGCGUUUAGAGCUGGACCUCCGUCGCAGCUCCUUUAAGAGUGCGUGGCCUGGGCUGCACAUCUCAAGACAGGCAAGGUUUUCAGUCUUGCAGAGCAUGGCCGCCUCCUAUACCGCUCCACCACCGGGUUUUCGCCUGCGGAAUGCGUUGAGCAUGACCACGGGUUUGCCCAGUGCCAUGGGACGCACCUGGAUGACCUUCCCUGCGAAGGCGGAGAAAGGCCGGCCCCGCACCGUGGGCGCCCGCACGCGCACCACGCGCACGCCCGAGGGCCCGUGGCCUCGCUCAGGCGAGGAUGAGGACGAGGCCAUGGAUUUGGAGAACUUCGAUCAACAGCUGAAGAAGCAGGAUCCAUAUGGACGCUGGGUGAACGCCAACCGUGAGGUGCGAAAGUGGGAGGAGCGCCUCUCCACGGUGCAGGGCGACUUCUACAACCCCUCGGUGGCGGACUUCGUGAUGCAGAAGCAGAACCCCUCCAGGAAGAAGACCCUCUACGACAAGUUGAAGGACAUCAAGAACUCAGAGGAUGCUUGCACCAAGGUCUUGCGCGCCGACCGCCUCGAAGGGUGCUCAAGAUCGAUGAUGGCAGUGGCAACCGGGUGCGGCCCCGGGCGCUGA